CAAUGCAAUAAACCAUAUUUAAUCAUUAGUACUUUGCUUGAAGUUUUCUCUUGUGCCAAAGAAGACAAGUACCUCUAAAGUUUGAACGCUUCUACCAAGAAGCACAGACUGUCGUUGAUAUAUAUUUAAAUUACGACUGUGAAUUGGCUUUGUCGAAUAUCUUUCAAAGAUUGAUCAAUGAUUGGUCUAAAGUUGCCCAAGGAUGUCAAGCUCUAUUGAAUUAGGAGCGACACCAGUUCAAGAACGCAGUAUUUGUAUCAAAGGUCUGGAAUGUCUCGUUUCUAUUCUUAAAUGUAUGGUAGAAUGGAGCAGGGAUCUUUACUUUAAACCUGGUUCUCAGGAGGCCGAUAAUUUUGAUAUCGGCUACACUGAAGAAUUUUGUCUCCAUCAAGAUUCCAUCUUUCUAUACUCUGUAUCCCCUAUUUAUCGAAGAUCUGGUUGAUCGUGCACGAACAAUUUCUCGAAA